AUGAUUGUAUCGUCGAUAUAAAUUUACAAAUAUUGUGCAGAACGUGAAGAUCCAACAUCUAUUAUAAAUAUAUUGAAAAUGGAUAAUGUUUUUGCUUAAAAGAACAAUUUAGUAAAGUAAGACAUACAGAAAUAGUAUUUGCAAUGCGUAAUAAUGUUAGUCAUUUAAUUAACCUGUCAUCCUAUAUGCUUAAAAUGUUAUCAGCCCAAGGAUAAUACAACAAAUCAAUAUUGUACUAUGUGCAUUGCAGGAUAACGUAGAGUUUUAACUAAUGAUUACAGAUGUGUUUGUUAAGAUGGAUAUGGAAGUGAUGGAAUCUCAGAUAUUUGCAGAAAUACUUCUCUAAAAGUAAGUAUGAAGUGUCACUAUUCUUAUUUGAGUUAUAAAGGACCUUUCGAGACUGAUUGUGAGUAAUGUUCCUCUGCUUCUUAGAGAUAUUUGACAAUAAAUAAUAAAUGUGUCUGCAAUUGA